AUGGUGUCGAAUGCGCCGCAGAAGCGCGGUAACCCAUUCUCGAGAUCAGGCUCGGCAUCUCCUGGCCCAACGGUCCCAAAUGGCAGGCCCAAGUCCUUGUUGGCGUCCACGCCGACUUCAGGAACGACGAGCCCCGUUGGGCACAAUCGAUCGUACUCCUCGCUGGCAGGAGUUGUCUCUCCCAACUACGAUGUCAUGAUUCGGAAUCGGUCAAACUCGAAGCACCUCUCUUCCUCUUCUAAUACAUUCGCCCCAUCGUUCAUACAAUCGGAGGAGAUGCAACGUGGGCCAGAGAUAGUCAAGGGCAUCGAAGGAGAGAAUGAUUUCUCCGGGAAGAGAUAUGUCUGGCUGAAGGACCCCCAAAAUGCAUUUGUGAAAGGCUGGAUUGUGGAUGAGCUGGUCGGGAACCAUAUUCUCGUCCAGUGCGAUGAUGGGAGCCAACGAGAAGUUCACGCAGAUAGCGUCGACAAGGUCAAUCCGGCAAGGUUCGACAAGGCAGAUGAUAUGGCCGAACUCACACAUCUAAACGAGGCGUCCGUUGUUCACAAUCUGCACAUGCGGUACCAAGCGGAUUUAAUCUACACCUACUCCGGCUUGUUCCUGGUUGCAAUCAACCCGUACUGUUCGUUACCCAUAUAUACCAACGAGUACAUCAACAUGUACAAGGGGCGGUCCAGGGAGGAAACGAAGCCGCACAUUUACGCCAUGGCCGACGAGGCUUUCCGUAAUUUGGUGGACGAGGGCGAGAACCAGAGCAUUCUGGUCACUGGAGAAUCUGGCGCCGGAAAGACUGAGAACACCAAGAAAGUCAUUCAGUAUCUUGCUGCGGUCGCGCACUCGGAAUCGCCCAUCAAGAACAAGGCACAGCAUUCCAAUCUGUCGCAACAAAUCCUUCGAGCCAAUCCAAUUCUCGAGGCAUUCGGUAACGCCCAAACGGUCCGAAACAACAACUCAUCCCGGUUUGGGAAGUUUAUCCGAAUCGAAUUCACAAGGUCUGGAACUAUCGCUGGAGCUUUCAUCGACUGGUACCUGCUAGAAAAGUCUCGUGUGGUGCGGCUAAACGCCCAUGAGCGCAAUUAUCACGUAUUCUAUCAACUCUUGAAAGGCGCAGACCGAAGAAUCAAGCAAGAAUUCAUGCUGGACGGCCUGGACGUGGAGGAUUUCGCUUACACACGAGAUGGGCAUGACAUAAUCACCGGUGUUUCGGACCAAGACGAAUGGAGCUCCUUGGUGGAAGCAUUUGCGAUAAUGGGAUUCUCAAUGGAGGGGCAGCUCUCAAUCCUCAGAACUAUAGCUGCUGUUCUCCAUCUGGGCAACAUCACCGUGGUGAAGGAAAGCAGAGCGGCGGAUCAAGCGCGCCUGGCUACCGAUGCUAAGGUGCAUGCCAACAAGGUCUGCAAACUUCUUGGUAUACCAACCGAACCUUUUCUUCAAGCACUGCUCCAUCCUCGAGUCAAAGCCGGUCGGGAAUGGGUCGAGAAAGUGCAAACACCGGAGCAAGUCAGAUUUGGUAUAGAUGCUUUGUCUAAGGGUAUCUAUGAGCGUAGCUUUGGCGACCUGGUAACUCAGAUCAAUAGGCAGCUGGACCGGACUGGUAUGGGACUGGACGAUUCACAUUUCAUCGGCGUGCUCGACAUUGCAGGGUUUGAAAUUUUCGAGGAGAAUAGCUUCGAGCAACUAUGCAUCAACUAUACGAACGAAAAGCUCCAACAAUUCUUUAACCACCACAUGUUCGUCUUGGAACAGGAAGAGUACGCUCGAGAGAAGAUCGAAUGGAAAUUCAUUGAUUUCGGGCACGACCUGCAACCCACAAUCGACCUUAUCGAAUUACCGAAUCCUAUCGGUAUCUUUUCAUGCUUGGAUGAGGACUGUGUGAUGCCAAAAGCCACAGACAAAUCUUUCACGGAAAAGCUGCACUCUCUCUGGGACAAAAAGACGCUCAAAUACCGUCCUUCACGACUUGGGCAAGGUUUCAUGCUUACUCACUAUGCCGCUGAGGUUGAAUACUCGACGGAAGGCUGGCUUGAGAAGAACAAGGACCCGUUAAACGACAACAUCACGAGGCUCCUCGCUGCAUCGACGGAUAAACAUGUAGCUUCGCUGUUCGCUGACUGUGCUGAUACCGAUGGUGACUUAACGGCUCCGCGGAGCCGUGUCAAAAAAGGGCUGUUUCGAACGGUGGCGCAAAGACAUAAAGAGCAACUUUCCACUCUGAUGGCCCAGCUCCAUUCCACGCAUCCCCACUUCGUUAGGUGUAUCAUCCCCAAUCACAAGAAGCGUUCGAAGCAGCUGAGUGCCCCACUUGUCUUAGACCAACUCCGAUGCAACGGUGUUCUAGAGGGUAUCAGAAUUGCUAGAACGGGAUUCCCUAACCGCAUUCCCUUUUCCGAGUUCAGAUCGCGGUACGAAGUACUCUGCCGAGAUAUGCCCAGGGGCUAUCUAGACGGGCGGACUAUAGCGACCACAAUGCUUGAAAAGCUCGCGUUGGAUAAAUCCUUCUUCCGAGUUGGAAUUACCAAGGUUUUUUUCAGAGCCGGCGUUCUGGCUGACCUCGAGCAACAACGGGAAGCGGUGAUAGGAGAGAUUGUCAAGCGAUUUCAAUCCGUUGCGAGAGGCUUCACGCAGCGACGCAUCGCGAAUAAGAGGCUCUACCGAGCGGAGGCAACUCGCAUCAUUCAAAAAAACUUCCAGGUCUACUUAGAUCUAUGUGAGAAUCCUUGGUGGCGAUUGCUGGUAAGGAUGAAACCACUCCUGGGUGCCAGCCGCACAUCAAGCGAGGUCAAGAAAAAGGAGGAAGAGAUAAAAAGGUUACAGCAGCAGAUGGAACAAGAGCAUGUCGACCGUAAGCAUCUCGAAGAAGAACGGCGCAAGGCCCAGUUUGAAUUACAAGCAAUGCAACGCACCCUGGACGGCGAGAGAGCCACAGCACUGGACGAUCAAGAGGUCAUGAGGAGACUUCAGCUGAAAGAAAGCGAGCUCGAAGAUGCCCUGGACAUUGCCAAGCAAGGCCUUGAGGAUGCCGAGCAAGAAAACAUCCAGCUCGAGGGCCAGAUUGAUGUCAUCCUGAAGAACCAUAAAAAAGCAGAGCAGGAGAGGAACGAAUGGCGAACGCAGUCGGAGCAAGCAGGUCAAAUCAUUUUCAAGCUGGAGGCUGAAAAGAAGGAACUGGCCGAGAAGAUAGAACACAUCAACGGCGAGCUACAAGAACUCUCCAGCCUGCAAUCUCAGCGGAGCGCAGAAGAGUCUCGCUUGACAAAGGAGGUCAAUAUGAUGCAGAGUCAACUAAGCUUGAAAGAGAGGAAGAUUUCAGAUUUGGAGGGCAAACUCCUCAAGGUGGAUCACGACCUCGAUGUCAAAUUCGCGAAUACCACCAAAGACUUACAAGCGACUCGUCAUAGAGAGCAGGAUCUGCUGAACGAGAACCGUCGUGUCAAGCAACAACUUUCCGAAUUGACCGCCACCUCGACAGGAUACGAAGACCUUGUCCGUCGGAAGGAAAGCGAGCUUGCGGUUCUCCGAGCAGACAACCACAAGUAUGAGAGUGAGCGGCAGACCUUCGAAGACCAGAAAGCAGCAAUGGUAACAGAGAAGGAGAAUGUGGUCAAUCGACUCCGAGAAGUUCAAGCCGAGAUGUUUGCUAUGAAGUCGCAGAAGGCCAAUCUAGAAAAGGAAGUUGCGGAUACCAAGAAGCUUCUCGACGCACGUCUGAAUGAAGACGCACAGGCAGGUCAAAAUCGCAUAAUGCUCGAAGGUCAGAUUUCGGACCUCAAAAAGCAGCUGGAUGAUGUCCAGAGGGAUCUCAGCAAAGAGCAACAAUCACGAGACGAUGUCCAACUCCUUGCGGAACACAAGUACAAAGAGCUCAACGAUAAAUACCACGAGGUCAACGAAGCAAAGAUCACCAUCGAGAAGGAACUCUACGUACAACAAGACACGCUCAGACGAGCGAUGGAGGCCAGAGUCACGGCCGAGAAAGAGCGCAACGAGGCUCGAAAUGAGAUUCGGAGAUUGAGGGAAGCUAAAGCUGCUGCUGAAGAGGCAAGAAUGCAGGCCGAACUUAACAACGAUCGAAGUGCCCUGCGAGUAGCUCGCGAACGAGAAGCCAGUCUACGCAAAGAUCUAGACGAGGAGCAAAGCCGAGCAAAAUUCUACGAGGAGCAGUGCGCAGAGUUGGGAAAGCGAGUCAAUGAGUUGGAGAAGACGAUCAUUGAUUCUGGAAAAUUUGGUCUCCAGGUUGAUCAGGAAAAGGACCGUCUGCAACGAGAGCUCAACGCAGCGAAGAGCCGACUGAUUGCAUCGGAACGAGAUAACAAAGCAUUGUUGACUAAGAUCCAACAAAAGAGUCUUGAGAUUUCUCGUUCAAACUCGGUAGUCCAUCAGAAGAGCCAGGGCGAGGUUCGAUCCUUGCAGCGGGACAAGGUGAAGGCUGAGGAAGCCAACCGGAUCCUGGCCAAGCAAAUGGAGGCUCUUCAGGACGACAUGGCGAAGCUUCGGAAACGGAACGAGAAGCUUGAGUUGGAUUUGGAAGACCGUGCCCACGAAGUUGCUCGAGAGCACAAGACGACGCGCAAUGCUGAAAAGUCAUCUUCUACAACGAACAGUCAACUUGCCGAGGCAAUUCGAAAUCUCGAAUCCGAAAGACAUCUUCACAGCCAAUCGAGAGAUUCUAAUCGUCAACUCAAAGUUAUGGUGGAAAGUCGCGACCAGGAUGUGCUCCAGUUGCUCAAGAAGCUUGACCCAGAAAUGACGCACCCCGUGCCUCAACUCGAUGGCGGCAGUGAAAAGAGUGCGGCAAAGACUCCAAAUCCGGUGCCAGCUCUCGUCCAGAAGGUCGAGGAACUGUACCAGGAUCUUCGAGUCCAGGCAGCCGGCCGGGCUAAUGCAGAGGCACGGGUUGUUGAGUUGCGUAAGAGGUUUGAAGACGAGUUUGGCGAGUCUCCGGAGCGAAAUUCUCCUACCAGACCCAAACUGGAGGAGAUCAGUCUGAACCAAGGUGCCUUCAACCCAUCACCUAACCAUCUCCGGAAUAAGCUUAAUGCAAGACCACGCUCGAAUGUCUCCACCCCCACGCGCCGAUUCCCAAGUAACAACGCCGACCUGCAAGACUCUGGCCGUUCUGAUCGAACCGCGGACAUCCUAAGUUUCAAUAAUCGUAUGGAUCUUAAGGCUGACCUCGAAGAGCUACAGACACAGCUCCAAAUGAGUCAAAUGCAAAACCGACACCUUCAGAGCCAGCUCGAGCGAGGAAACCCUGCGAGGGAACUAUGGCCCGAUGACAGCCCGUCGAUUCGCCGGGUCCAGAAACUGGAGCAGGCCAACAACAGACUCCACGAUAUGCUUGACGACUCUGCAAAGAAGGUAUCCGCCCUCGAAAAGAGCAUCCAGACCGGAGAUCUUUCUCUUCGUGACGUACAAGCCAAAUCUCACGAGGAACUGUUCGAUCUUAUCAACUGUCAGGAAGACUCCCGCCGAUCAUUAUUGCACAUUCACACCGGCACAGUUGCAGAGCUAAGUGAUGUCAAGAAGCAUUUUGAAGAUCUCAAGCGUACUCGUGCAACUCUCGAGGUGGAGCUUAGAGACGCCAAGUCGGACCUCGAAGAAACAACACAACAAAGGGAACAGGAUGCAGCAGAUCGAGCUCAGCUGCUGCAAGAAUACGCUGAUCUCCAGAUCCGACUUGAUGCGGAGUCAUCGAAGCUAGUUGAUGUUACUUCAAGCCUCGCUCUGUACAAGAGCCGCGCCGAUGAGUAUUUCAGCAAGUUGGAGCAAGCCGAGAUUGCGGUGAUGAAGGCUACCAGAGCUGAGCAAUUUGCGAAAGCUCAAGGUAAAGAGGCUGAGGAAACCUGUGCGGAGAUCAUGUCCGAGCGCAAGCAAAUGGACGCCACCAUAGAAGACCUCCAACGACAAAAUCAAAGCUACGAAGAGCGACUCGAGGACCUCUCUGUCGAUCUUGAGGCUGCCUUGCAAGCUCGCAAACGCUUGCAGCAUGAGCUGGAAGAUUACCGCAGCCAGAGGGCUAUGGAUCUAGAAGACAAGGAGACAAGCAUGGAACAGACUCGGAAAAAGUACCAGGCCGAAUUUGCAACCCUGACUAACGAGCUGGACAUCGCGCGGGAAGAAAAGCUUUUCAAACAGAGCGAGAACACCAGACUCCGAGAAGAGCUUGAGGAACUCCGUUCCAAAUGGGAUGACGAAGUUCUGAACAGCUCUACCUGGUCCAAGGAGAAGGCUCGCCUCGAAUCAACACUUUCAGAUCUUUCUGCUUCCAGAGAUGAGGCCAUCAAAGCCCAUACCGACGCUCAGGAUAAGGUUGUCAACCUAAUGUCCCAACUCCGCACCUUGAGAACCACCAUGGACAACGUGGGUGCAGAGCGUGACAUGCUGCAACGAGAGAAGCGCGGUCUGGAGGCUCGACUGCUGGAAGCAAAGGCCGGUCUCGAUGACCUCGCUCGCGGCGACAGCCCUUCUUUGCGCAACGCAGCAAGUCUGGACCGCGAACUUCUGGAUUUGAAAUCGAACCUUGCCCAGCAGGAGGAUAUAGCAGCAGCAGCUAUUGGUAAAAUGCGACGAGCUGAUGCUCUGUGUUCCGAAAUGCAAAAGGACAUUGUGGCCGAGCGCGAAACUACUGCACAACUUCAUGCGGAGAAAGCUGCGCUGGAGAAAUCGCUCAAGGAACUGCAGGUGCGACUUGUGGACUUGGAGACGAAGGGGUAUUCGAGCUCCAGCCAAGAUGUCAGAUUUCUUCAUGGUCGUGUUCAAGAGCUGGAGGCCCAACUCGAGGCCCAAGAAACGGAACGCAACAAGAACCAACGCUCAGUGCGCAAUGUUGACCGCACAGUCAAAGACCUCCAGCUGCAGAUUGAACGCAAAGAGAAAGCUAAUUUGGGCAUGCAAGACGACAUUGCGCGAUCGAGGGAUAAGAUUGAGAAAUUGCUCAAAACUAUCGAUGAACUGCAGAGCUCGGAAAGUGAUGGGCAGCUUGCUGCACGCCGGGCAGAGCGCGCGCUGAACGAGGAACGGGAGAAGGCCUUGCGACUGGAGAGGGAGUUGGAGGGGUUGAAGGGGGCUGGAUUGAAGGUGCUGAAUGGGGUCGGGGGUGCUUCGAGACGGGGAAGUGGUGCGGUUUGGGGCAGCUCAGGCGAGGAGAUGAUCGAUGUGCCGCAGCGGAAGAGUAGUGUUUCGAGGCAGCUGAGUUUGAGCAAGGUCGGGCGCAACAAGCCCCCAUCCCACAACACCCUUGAACCGAGCUCCUGCCCCCAAGCUUACUGCCGAAGCUUUCUAGCCCAACAACAACAACAACAACAACAACAACAACAACACUUUACAACUUCCAAGAACUUCCAAGAACUUCCAAAUGAUCUAUCUCCAUGCAUACGGGAGUUUGAUACUCUCCGGAUACUUUCCCAGGUGAGCACGUCGUGUCCGGUCGAGAGGAAGGAGGAACGUGGAAAGAAAGACCUCUCUUUCUUUCUUCCUGGUCGUCUGGGGAGGGAAUAUGGAUAUAUAUAUAUGGGCUCUUUGGACUUGGAGCUAGGUUCUAGAGCUGCUGCUUGA